AACGCGUCACAGCAACGAUCUCACAGCGUCGGUCGACGCGGUGCGAUGGCCAGCGAUGAGCUUCAGGAAACGCAGCCCCUCUGCCAGCAGCAGCAGCAGCCGCAGCAUUGAGAUUCGUUGAGCGAAAAUCGAAACGGAAGUAGCAUUCCCGGAGGUGGUUUGCUAAAAAUUAGUCACAAGAAUGAAUGAAAUCGCAACGGGAAGUGGCGCUAGCGCCAGCGCAAGCAGGAGCGCAGGAGAGAGAGAGAACGAGAGAGAGAGAGAGGUGGGGGCCGUGGUCGUCAAGGGCGCCGUGGUCGUCGUCUGUUUCCGGGCGCCGUUUCCCGGUCUGUAGUGUACCUGCAGGCUGCGAGCACUCCCCGUCCCUCCGUCCUUCAUCAUGGUUGCCAUCGCCCGCUUUAGAUAAGAAGCCCCCAACCAUCCAUCCCCACCCAGCAUAAUGGAUUUCGCCCUCUCGCGGCGGACUCUUCUCCCUCUUCUCCCCGUGCACUCAUCGCUCAUGUCCUCCUCUUCGCCUUUGAACCUUCAUUAUUUAUGAAGAAGGAGGCAGGGUUUGAGGGGUUUGACGCCUUUGACGCGCGUGGCGCGAGCGUUUUGAGUAACCCAGAGAAGUUGUGUAUGGGAUUUCGUAUGUGAGAGAGAGAGAGAGAGAGAGAGAGAGAGAGAGAAGUUGAGAUGGGUAUGGGGUUAUGCACAGGACGAGGGAUUGCGAUUGUUGGCGUAGGUGAUAUUGGGUUGUGACGUGGGUGGGGUAGGGGAGUUGGCAGAGUGAGUGAGAGACGGAGAGAAAGAAAAAACGGAGAGCGGUUGUGGGUGAAUCGUCAGCCGGAGCUUGCACUAGCGGCGAUCCAACAGCUGGUUCCAUCCAUGAGUUUCUGCUCCUUUGACGGUUUAUCGGGGAGCUAUGGAUCCUGUCCUCAAUGGCGCCGCCUCUUCUCCCUCCGAAGACGACGAGUGGGAUGCUGACGGAUUUGAGAUUCCAAGUUUAGAUGUAGGGCGGCCAAUAGUGGCCAAUCGGAAGGAACGUACUCAAUCUCACGAUACAUUUCGACCUUCCUAUCAGAGGUCUGCGGCAGGCACCGAACAUAUUUACUUGGGACCCCACGGUGCACCUCCACAGCACGGCCGUGGUGGUCAGGAAACUUCGACGCCCAACCGAAAGCAACGCCUGAAACAGAAGCUGAAGGAUGCGGAAAGGAAAACAUCUAUCGCUUCGCGCGAGAACAAAGUGGAAGUUCUUCAAGAUUUGAUGGGCACGAAGCCAGCGGCUGUACCCACUGCCCGGGGAGCGGAGUCUGAAUGGCUUGACCCAUACUGCCACGAAUCUCAAUUUGAGCGCCCAGUGAAUCGAGUGUGAGGCUGUUUCAAAUGCGAAUAUGGUAAUGCUAUUACUUAGCUAGGUUGAACGGGCAGUGCCGUUCGAGGAUAGAAACAGUGUGAAAGUGUGGUGUAGAUAAUCUACCAUCAGGCUGAAAGUAAAAAAGCACUUUAAUUGGGACUUGAUUUGAAGAGGACCUAAAUUUCGCGCAGGGAGAGACAAUUUUGUUUUGAGCUGCAGCCCCCAGCUACGACGCCUCACCUCCUGCUCCGUGUGGUUAGAGUCUCUUGCAGUUUUGCUUAAAGCACCAACGAGCAGAACAUGUUACUUUACGUUAAAUCGAAGAAGAAAAAAGAGGAUUUCACAGUA